CCGCCGAUGAGAUUUACUGUGGUACGCUCCGCCGUAGUGCUGCCAGGCAUGCUGGGAGUUGUAGUCAUCCGGUCAGCGCCCUGACGCCGGCGAUGAAGCCACUUCCGGGCUGCUGGAAGGCCUUUGGCGUCCCUGUGGUUGCCACGUCGAGAAUCUGAAACUAUGGAUAUACUUUUCAGAAUAAGAGGAGGCCUUGAUCUGGCUUUUCAGCUAACAACUGCUGAUGAAAUUUUUAUCAAGAAGGUACUAAAACAUGUAUUGAGUGACCUGACAACCAAACUUUCUUCAAACGCACUCGUAUUCAGAAUAUGCCACAGUUCAGUGUAUAUAUGGCCUAAUAGUGGCAUAAACACCGUUCCAGGAGAACUGACUGAUAGCUCUGCUUGUAAGGACAUAAUGCGCUUUAUUCAAUUUGAACAGGAAGACAGAAAAAGAAAAUUCAUGAGAAAGAAAGAUAAACAGUUAUCAGACAUGCACCAAAUAGUAAAUAUAGAUCUUAUGCUGGAAAUGUCGACCUCUUUGGCAGCUGUAACCCCCAUUAUUGAAAGGGAAAGUGGAGGACACCACUAUGUUACUAUGACCUUGCCAGUGGAUGCAGUUGUUUCUGUUGCUCCAGAAGAAACAUGGGGAAAAGUUCGUAAACUUCUAGUGGAUGCAAUUCAUAAUCAACUAACUGAUAUGGAAAAGUGUAUUUUGAGAUAUAUGAAAGGAACAUCUAUUGUGGUCCCUGAACCAUUGCACUUUUUAUUACCAAGAGAAAAAAGUCUUGUAACAAUUUCAUAUCCAUCAGGAAUCCCAGAUGGUCAGCUCCAGGCCUAUAGGAAGGAGCUACAUGAUACCUUCAAUCUGCCUCAUGACAGACCUUAUUUCAAAAGAUGUAAUGCUUAUCACUUUCCAGAUGAACCGUACAAAGAUGGUUACAUUAGAAACCCACAUACUUACCUUAAUCCACCUAACAUGGAGGCUGGCAUGAUUUAUGUGGUCCAGGGCACAUAUGGUUAUCAUCAUUAUAUGCAAGAUCGGAUAGAUGACAAUGGCUGGGGCUGUGCUUACCGAUCGCUGCAAACUAUCUGCUCUUGGUUCAGACACCAGGGAUACACAGAGAACCCCAUUCCAACACACAGGGAAAUUCAGCAGGCUCUAGUCGAUGCCGGUGACAAACCAGCCACAUUUGUCGGAUCACGGCAGUGGAUUGGAUCUAUUGAAGUACAGCUGGUACUAAACCAAUUGAUUGGUAUAACUUCAAAAAUACUGUUUGUCAGCCAAGGUUCAGAGAUGGCCUCUCAAGGACGGGAAUUGGCUAAUCAUUUCCAGAGUGAAGGCACUCCAGUAAUGAUUGGGGGAGGAGUUUUGGCCCACACAAUACUAGGAGUUGCCUGGAAUGAAAUGACAGGAGAGAUAAAAUUUCUGAUUCUAGACCCACAUUAUACCGGAGCUGAAGAUCUGCAAGUUAUUUUAGAAAAGAACUUUGCAGCUGCAAAACACCCUUGAUCCAGUAGUACACACAUAAAGCCAAGGUGCAGCCAGUCAGUAAAAUCUUGAUUGUCACCAGGCUGCAGCAGUAUAGGAGGCCUCAGGCACGUGCUGCCUUCUCUAGACUCCGCCUUCCUGUGGAGCUCUUUUGACAUUCCCCGGCCAGUCAUCUUGAAGAGGAGGCAGCUGUUUGCUGUUUGGCAGUUUUUUCUUCCCAGACUUCUACUAUUCCCGUGUACUUGCUGUUUGACACCCUUUCUACUCAUUUCCCUCUUAAAAAACUUCGGAUCUGGUUUCCAGGAGAAAGCCUAUACAUGCGGGGAAGUAUCACAAAAAAGGUUAUGACAGGAAUGUAUAUAAACAUGUAUAUAUAUAUAAACAGGGAUAUGUAUAACAUAUAUGUCUUUUAUAUGUGAAGAUACUUUUGGGCAUUAAAUAUAUUAAGUGUUAUAGAAAAAAAUUGAGUUAAAAAUAGGUUAUUAACAAACAGGUUUAAAAAACGAUCCAGUUUUAAAGGUGUUUACACAGAGAAGAAUUUAUUUCCUUUUUUAAAAAACUUUGAUCUUGUUUGAAUUUUUACAGCAUGUAUCUUAGUUCUGUAAUCAAGAAUGAAGAAAUAAAAAUAAUUCCAAUCAACUAUCCGUUCUCUACACUAAAAAAAAUAGUUCCAAUCAACUAUCCGUUCUCUACACUAAAAAACAGAGCUAAUAUACUAUCUUCUGUAGAUACUAUGGAUUUUGACUCUAGGUCCCUGCCAGAAUAUCCAGCAUCUUCAGAGUUGGUUAAAGGAUUAACCCUAGUGCUUGUCAGUGACAUUUUAAGAGUCCCCAGCUAGCCCCCUUGCAAGUAUUUCUCAAAACAUUUGAUAGUAAAGUAAAACAAGCAAAUCAUCAUGUUCUUAAUAAAUCAGUGGCCCUGAAAGAUAUCUGAUAAACUCUCAUUCAUGAUGAGAUUCCAUUUGAAAGUAAUUUUCUCUGCUGAAGGAUUAAUAUGGAUAUGUUAAGAAAUAAAAUUGGUUACAGCCUGACAGAAAUGAAAAAACGUACAAUUCACCUCCUGGAGCAAA